AUGAAAAAGCUUGCAAGAAAGUUCCGGAAGAAUUCGGAAGAUGACAAAUUCUCUCUUCCGGUUCACGACGAAGAUUCUCGCCCCCUCGACUCUCAAGAGCAGGAAGAAUUGGUUCGUUCUUUAGAAAAUAAUCAAGCUCAGCAGAGUCGCUUUUGGAGGACUGUAUUUGUGGCUCUAGUCAUCUGUUACAUCCUGUUUCUUUUGUACUCCAUCUUCCACCAGGUUUCAUCUCCAUGGGAACUGCGGCAUCAUGCUUACUUCAUGAAGGAGAUAUACUCAUGGAUGAUUAUAUGUGCAGAUUGGGUGGCUGUUUUAGCAUUCUCAUUUGCCAUCAUAGGACUGCAUCACGAGUCAAUGCUUCACAGGAGAUGGAUCUGGUACUCAUGGUAUAUUAGCACUGUUCUGGCAGUUUUCUGGUUAUACUACAUGUCGAGGUUGGCAAAGUUCCGUUGGGAUAUCAUAUGGCUGCCACUUGGGCCUCUUGGUGCAUCUACUAUCUGUCUCUACGUCGAUCACUUACUAACCGAGUCAUCAGAAGAAGUAAGAAAGCUUCAUGGAUACAUGUAUGCCUACAAAGCAAGCUAG